GUGCUGGGCGUGGCUAACGGCGCAUCCGCAGACGGCAGCGUUGUUUCCGCGUUGGGGCACGCCCAUUGUUGACGUCAGAUAAUCAACAGCAGCAGGACAGAGUGAGGGCAGCGGGGUUGUGGUGUUGGGGCAGUUGCGCUCUGACUGCCGGUGACACCGGGGGAGGGGGACACUAUGGCUAUGAACUACAAGGAGGAGGACGGGCACCACUCCGGUGUUGGCCCCGGAGUGGCCGUGAAGAGCAAGAAGCCAGAUAACACGGCUUUUAAGCAGCAGCGACUUCCGGCUUGGCAGCCCAUCCUCACCGCCGGGACCGUACUGCCGGCCUUCUUCGUUAUCGGCAUCAUCUUUAUCCCUAUAGGGAUCGGCAUAUUCGUUACCUCCAAUAACAUCCGGGAGUAUGAGAUUGACUACACUGGGAUAGAGUCGAAUAGUGAAUGCUACAAGUGCUCUAACGUUUCAGGGAUCUCAAAUUGUACUUGUACUAUUUAUUUCCAAUUGGAUACUGCAUUUGAGAGCACUGUGUUUAUGUAUUAUGGGCUGUCCAACUUUUAUCAAAACCACCGUCGAUAUGUGAAAUCUAGAGAUGACAGCCAGCUGAAUGGAGACAAAAACUCACUUACAAAUCCCAGCAAGGAGUGUGACCCCUAUCGCACCAGUGAGAAUAAACCCAUUGCGCCUUGCGGUGCCAUUGCUAACAGUAUGUUUAAUGACACACUAAGCUUAUUUCAAGUAAAAGAUGGAGGCGAAGUUUCAAUUCCCUUGACAAAAACAGGCAUUGCUUGGUGGACCGAUAAAAACGUGAAGUUCAGAAAUCCAACUGCAACCAAUACAAGUAACCUUGCAGAGAUUUUUAAAGACACAACAAAGCCAAUUAAUUGGCAGAAACCAGUGUAUGACUUAGAUCCAGACAACAGUGGCAACAAUGGAUUCAUCAAUGAAGAUUUUAUUGUUUGGAUGCGUACUGCUGCGCUGCCGACAUUCAGAAAGCUUUACGGCCUGAUAGAAAUUAAUAGUGAUUUACAUGUAGCCUUAGCACCUGGCAAUUAUUCUCUGCAUAUAAAAUACAAUUACCCUGUUCUCAGCUUUGAUGGCAGAAAGAGGAUGAUCCUAAGCACAAUCUCCUGGAUGGGGGGAAAGAAUCCAUUUUUAGGAAUUGCAUACAUCACUGUGGGCUCCAUAUGUUUUUUCUUGGGUGUUGUACUGCUUAUAAUACAUCAUAAAUAUGGAAAUCGGAAUAACAGUGCUGAUAUCCCAAACUAAGGCUUUGAGUCAUGUGUUGCAUGUGCAUCUAAAGUCUGCGCUGCUUGUGUGCUAGCUUCCUGCUAUAGUAUAGUUGAUGGGCUCAUAUUAAGGUCAUUUUUAUUUAUUGUUCCCUGCAGUAACUCCAUAAAGUGUUCUAGUACAAAUUUAGGCGAAUAAAAUGGAAACUUUGUAUCCGAUGGCCACUCUUCUUGCAGGUUUUUAUUCCAGCCUUAUAUCACAGCUGCAAAUGGCUGUACAGUUUUAAGACACUUUAGUUUUUCACGUUUUUUUGUUUGUUUACUGUACUUAAUUUUAAUGUUUUCCUUUUUCUUUCCAUAUAGAAAACUUGAGUUUAUAGAGAAACCAAACCAAAUAAAAUGGAUGCACAACAGAGUACAAUUAAGUGUUUUUUGUUACUGUUUUAUACCUGGCUGCGAGAAAUCCAUCCGCUACCUUUUAUGCUUUACAUUCUGGGUAGUAGUUUGAAAUGUAAAAACAACUUGCGUAGUGUUUUUAAAGAAAAUAAAGCCAAAUUCAGUGAGCCAUCACAUUUUACAAAAUAUUAUUUCUUGGGCUUGAUGCAUUUAUAAGAGAUGUUUGGUAAUAGAAUUACUUUCUCUGUAAAUUACUGUAUUUUAAGAAGUCUGUUGCAUAACACAUCUCUUACCCCAUAUCAAUAAAAAUUAACAUAGUUGUGUCCAUUUGCUUCUGACUCUCCAACAUUACGGUCAUCUGUCUUGGUAGACUUGUGGUGAUUCCAGUGCAAUACACCAGCCCUUUGUUUUCCACCUGUAGAAGUUCAUCUCCCUCCCUUCUCUUUAUAGCCCCUAAAAUCUUUGUACAUCUGUUGGGUUUGACAAUAUUUUAUGGGCUAUGAAUUCAUGUACAUAUCAGUUCUUGUUGAAAAUGUAUAUAUUACCUGCUAAAGAGUGAUGGGCUUGAGACCUCUUAAUGAUUUUUAUUAAGUCUUCUUUAGCUGUUACUUUCACUAUUACUGUUGAUUUUAUUGGAUUAGUCUAAUUGGAAGGACUUCACUAUUACUGAACCAGAGAAGCAGCUUUACUGGAUUUGACAAAAUAGCUAUAUUUUUACAUCGCUUGCAAGUCAUUUAUUACAGACCUAUUUUAGAUGAUUCAAUUAGUGGCGAAAUUCCAUCAGAACCUUCCAUGUUAGUAUAACACAUUCAGGAAGGAAAUGUUAUUGCUUGCACCCCACGGAGAUGCGACCAAAACCAGUAACAUUAUCCUUUCAUAAAUACCUGCAAUGUACCUUGCUCUUAUUUCAAUCUCCCUCCAUUGAUUAGGUGUUUAUCUUUUUACUGCCCCCCCCCCCAAAAAAAAAAAUUGUACUACAUUAUAGUUGUCUACUUAGAAAAACUGAGGUGCAAGAUUCAAUUUACAAUUUUUUUAUGUUAGCCAAAUUAAUUGUAUUUCUUUGUUAAUUGUAUUUCUUAAUAUGCAGUUUUGUGCUGCUCAACAGCCUUGCUGGGGGAGGGGGAAAGCUUCAAUCGUGACUUCAACAAGAAAAGUUCAGUAUUUUUCCGUAGAGAGAAAUUCACAAAGUAGCAUUUGUUUCCUAUAGACCCGACUGUCACGACAUGAAGCAAAAUGUUUUUGCAUGCUUGAAAUAGUUUUUGUUUUGCUACAUUUUUCUUGAGUUGCUUGUAUAUUAGGUGUACAUGGUGAAGGUUCAUGUAGUUUAAGAAAUGAUGUAAAUGUUCAUGCUCAUAAUCGCUUGGGUUUUCUUAAAUUAUUUUAACAUUCCUUCAGUGCUAUUCCGUUUCUUUGUUAUAUUACUUGCCAACAGCAUAAAUAAUUGUACCAAAAAUAAAUGUACUAAUUUUUAUGUCUUGGCUUAAAAUUGGAAAUUCAUUGUUCUUUCAAGGCAUAGUUAUACAAAUAAUUGUUCUGUGUUUUGUAAUUACAUGGCUUGGAUCAAAUUAUAGGUUGCCUGUAGCUGGUUGGACAUUAUUACUCCCUAUAGAACAAGCCACAAGUAGCAUUUGUGUUGUAUUAAAUUUGAAAACCGUUAAUUUGCUUCCUCCAAAAAGGCAUCUUCUGUCUGAACUUGACUCUUCAAGAAAAUAGCUUAUCAAAUGCAAGUGAUUGUAAAAAUGUUUCAUAACCUGAUAUCGACUGUAAAUUUGCAAUUUUGUGCGGUUAGAGCGUGUGCUUUAAGCUAGUGUUGCUAAUUCUAAUUUGAUAGUAUUUAUUUCUGACAAUCUCUAUAAACGUUUGCUCACUGGAAGCUGCUGUAUAUAUUUUACAUGAAAUAUUAGCAAUUUAAUCACAAUUCCUGAACACCUUCAGUGAGGCAUUUUAUAUACAUUUUGCUAGGAGAAUGGUUAAAAUAUUUGGCUUGGUAUUCUUUUAUUCUAUUUACUCCUACAUAUGAUCUACAGCAGACAUGUCCAACCUGCGGCCCUCCAGCUGUUGUGAAACUACGUAUCCCAGCAUGCCCUGACACAGAUUUGCUGUCCGAGAAUGCUGAAGCGGUGUCGGGGCAUGCUGGGAUGUGUAGUUUCUCAACAGCUGGAGUGCCGCAGGUUGGACAUGCCUGAUCUACAGUGUCUGUCCAGUUGGCUGGAUUCCCAGCAAUGUGUGACCUUGAUUCAAUUGCAAUGCACAGUAAUAAUACAGUUGAAAUCUGUAGGAUCAUUAUCAUGCCUGCUAGUCUUUUUAUCUUUUUUGGUAUCGCCAAAACUUUCCGGCCAUAGGGCCCAAACUGCUGCAUCUUGCCCAAAUUGGUAAUUGUUUCUGGGGCUAGAUGAUUUGUUAUCUAGCUUUACAGAUAAACAAAUGAGAAGUAGAUCCCAGACACCAAAACUUUAUGGGGCUGAGGUGAAUCUUCUCUCUCUUCUUUAGACUAUUUAUUUAGGGCGUUUUUGUUUGCAGUUUAUAAGAGAAAACUAAAAUGUCUCUACUGAAAUGAUGCACGUUAUUUAGCUGGCAUUGUUCAAAAAUGAUAUUUUAUUUUACUUCAUGUCCAACUGUUUCUCUGGUACUUCAGUUAAUAAAUUUUCUUAUAGAAUGUAACAA